AUGGGUACUCCUGGCUCGGCAUCCCCCGCUCCCUCUCACAAAUCCGACUACUUCCAUUCGCAGCAUGGGAGGGACAACAGUCAGAGUACUAGCACGCUGUCAUUUGAUCAGAAAUUCAACCAUGACAUUAGAGAAGAGCAAAUAGGAACUCCAGGGACUCCAGGAACCCGACAAUCCUAUUACGGCAAUGAAGCAGGAACUCGGCAAUCGUUUUACGGCAAUGGGGGUCCCGUACAGCGCCGAUCAUUCGCGCAAACAUUUGCGCAGGGAGUACGUCGCUAUCCCACGCGAAAAAUUAAGCUUGUGCAAGGUUAUGUCUUGAGUGCGGAUUACCCGGUGCCAAGCGCAAUUCAAAAUGCGAUGGAAAAGAAAUAUCGAGACACAGAAGAAUUUGCCGAGGAGUUCUCUCAUAUGCGAUACACUGCCGCGACUUGUGAUCCCGAUGAAUUCGUUAUGCGCAAUGGUUACAACCUCCGUCCCGCUAUGUACAGUCGGCAUACCGAGUUGAUGAUUGGUAUUACCUGCAAGAGUGAGAACAAGGUUCUUACAGCACGGACCUUGCAUGGAGUUAUGCAGAACAUUCGCGACAUUACUAGUCUCAGAAAGUCCGAGUUUUGGAAUAAGGGUGGACCGGCUUGGCAAAAGAUCGUUUGUUGUUUGGUUUUCGAUGGAAUCGACCCUUGCGACAAGAACACCUUGGAUGUGUUAGCGACUAUUGGUGUUUACCAGGAGGGUAUUAUGAAAAAAUCCGUUGAUGGCCGAGAGACUGUAGCACAUAUCUUUGAAUACACCACACAGCUUUCGGUUACCCCGGAUCAACAGUUGGUUCGACCACAGGGAGAAGAAGCGACAAAUUUUCCGCCAGUGCAGAUGAUCCUGUGCUUAAAGCAGCAAACCAGCAAUAAAAUCAACUCUCACCGUUGGCUGUUUAACGGCUUUUGUCGGAUGUUGAAUCCGGAGGUGGUCGUCCUUCUCGAUGCAGGUACAAAGCCCGACAAGAGAGCUUUGCUCAGCUUGUGGCAAGCAUUCUACAACAACGAGAAUCUCGGUGGAUCCUGUGGUGAAACCCGUGCUUUGCGCGAUAACCGAACUAUGAUCAACCCGUUCGUCGCGGCCCAGACCUUCGAAUAUAUGAGAUCCAAUAUCCUCGAUAAACCAUUGGAAAGUGUGUUUGGCCACGUUUCCCUAGGCGCAUUCUCGGCAUACCGAUACCGAGCUAUCAUGGGCCGCCCAUUGGAACAGUACUUCAACGGAGAUAUUGUUCUCACAAAGAAGCUUGGUAAAAAGGGUAUUGAGGGGAUGAGCAUUUUCAAGAAGAAUAUGUUCCUUGCUGGAGAUCGCAUCUUGUCCUUUGAGUUGGUUGCCAAGGCUGGAUCGAAGUGGCAUUUGUCUUUUGUCAAGUCGGCGAAAAGCGAAGCUGAGGUUCCGAAGGACUUUACGGAUAUCAUUAACCAGCGACGACAAUGGUUGAACGGUUCCUUGGCUGCGAAUAUUUACGCUCUGAUUCAUUCUACUCGCAUUUUGAGGAGUCGGCAUAAUCCCCUUAGAUUGAUGCUCUUCUAUCUGCAAAUUAUUUAUGAUUUCGCGCACUUUGUCUUGGUCUGGUUCUCAAUCGCGUCAUUCUGGAUAAUCUGUACGGCCCUUAUGGACCUCGUGGGAACCUCAGGUUCAUGGAAUAAUGGCUCAGCAUGGCCCUUUGGCAAUGAAGCGUCUCCGAUCGUACAUACGUUUUUUAAAUACUUUUACGUCGUUUUCCUGCUCCUGCAAUUCAUUUUGUCUCUCGGAAAUCGACCUAAAGGUUCCCGUCUACUCUACCUCCUAACCUUCAUGUACUUCGCCUUCAUCCAGCUCUAUGUGACAGUGCUGGCCUUCUACGUCGUCGGCAACAACACAAACGGUAACUUCAAUCUCGAGCUGGACGAAAACGCCAUCCAAGCAGAGACAUGGAAUGCCUCAGCAUCAAACAUGGUUCUGAUCGGUAUCGUCUGCACCUACGGUGUUCACAUCGCCGCCAGUCUCCUCUACAUGGACCCUUGGCACGUACUUACAUCCUCCUGGGCUUACUACGCCGGAACCAUUUGCACAACGAACAUCAUGAUGGUAUACGCCUUCUGCAACUGGCACGAUGUUUCCCUCGGCACACCAGUGAAAGAAAAAGCACAGAUCCUCCCCGAAGCGCAGAUUAAGAAAGAAGGAAAAUCCAGGGUCAUUGAAGAAGUGGACCGUCCGCAGAUCGACAUCGACUCCUCGUUCGAGAUAACGGUCAAGCGAGCCCUUGCUCCAUUUGAGGCACCACCAGAGGAAAAAGACAAGAGUAUGGAUGAUUCUUACAAGUUUUUCCGAACGAAUCUCGUGGUGUUGUGGGCGUUCAGUAACAUCAUUUUGGUUCUUGUUAUGGACGCCACGGGUAUCAGCAGGUUCUGUCUUAUGGAUGGGCCUAGCACUCGUGCUUGGAGCUUCAUUAUGGCUGUUGUUUGGGGAACUGUUGGUCUAUCACUUUUCCGAUUUGCUGGGUCGCUUUGGUUCCUGGCGCAAUCUGGUGUUCUCAGCUGCUUCAAUAAGCGUUAA